AUGGUCAGACGGCGCUCAUCCCGGUCUAGAGAGGAUCCAGCUCGACAAUCUGCUUUUGAAACAGGCAUACUACCUCUCCUUGGCGUCAGCGAAGAAGCGAACACGUCCGUAUCGUCCUACCAGUCUCUACCAAACGAUCAAGACAUUGUCAGGCUGUUUGAAAUAUUUCGCCGUCGCGUGCACCCCUUCCACGUCAUAACUUGCAAUUUAGAUGCCAUCGAGCAAAGAAUUUGCCGGCUGAUCAACGCAAGGGGAGGACCGGACUUUGGUUCAGAGUUGCUCGAAGACCCCAGGUGGCUGUCUCUACUUCACGCCAUCUUGGCGGCUGGAGCUCAAUUCUCCGAUAUGAAUUUACAAGAUCGUCUUGCAAUGUCUCAACGACAUACGAAGCAGUCGUUUGAUCUCCUACCAUCGACAGAUUAUCUCGCGGCUCCAUCCAAAGAAGCCGUUCACACACUCCUUCUCUUAGGGAAUGUGCUUCAAAUUGAUAUGAAACCUCAGGCAGCUUGGGUUCUCGGGGGCACAACCGUCCGCCUCGCGCAAUGCCUGGGUCUUCACAAGAAGACAGCCCAUCCAACAAAAUCUCCGCUCCCGGAUGAAGAGGCAAUGGUCAAAUUGGCAAUUGUUUGGCAGGAUGCCCUCCUUGCGCUCGCUUUUGGUCGCCCACCAGGCUCCUAUGAGCUGGAUUGCGAAGGCGAUUUACCUCAGCUCUCAGAGUCUGUCGAAGGCUCAAGUCUGUCCUAUCUGCAAGCUAUGAGCUGGCUAUGUCACGUCACAUUGCGCCAUCUCUCGUUCCAUUUUCAAUCGUCACUCAGGCCAGUCUCAGCACUCGACUCUAUCAAAUCCAUCGAAGCCUGUCUUUCGCCCCACUUAAUCGAUCCCACAAGAAGCGCGGCAAUACCGCAGAUUCAAGAACACUACGCUUUCGAACUUCACCGACAUUUUGUCGUAGCUACUCUUUGUCGACCUUCUGAAUGUGACAGGUCGAACGUCCUCGAGCACUUUCGAGAAUCUCUCAAGCGCAGCGUCCGGGCUUAUGUACGGUUGAGGUCAAUUGCAGGACAUGCAAGCCGGUCUUGGGCCUUCAUUCAUAAUGGGCUAACGUCGGUUCUUCUCUUAAGCUUAAUGCGAGAGACAAGGUAUCUUGCCGAGACUAGGACCCUGCAGGACGAGCUCAUUGCAAGCUUUUCAGAAGGGGAAGUCGACUCCGCCUUGCUCACGGAAUCUGGCACCAAUGGCCAGCUCUCAGGCACACUCCAGAAGGCUUUGAAAGCUCUGCGGACUCUUCGAGAAUUAACGGAGCGUGAUGUCAGUUCGCGUGGCUCAACGCUGGAGAACAACAGCCAAGCCAUUGCAACUCCUGGUAAUCUGCCCGCUGUCGGCGAAAGGCCUGCAACAGGCCAAGAUAGUGCGUUUCGGGUGUCGGAACAAACCGAGUAA